GCCAAAACCCCAGACUAGUGCGUAGACUUUCAGCAACAAUGAGCAGCACGAAGGGGCUCAUCCGAUUCGGUGAUGUCGUCAAGCUGCAGACCAAGUCGGCGUUUAUCGAGAGCACUCCGUCCUUCCUGGGGUUUCUUGAACUACCCGGUAAGGCGCAGACCCAACUGCUUGUGGUACCCCCAGUGAAGGAUGAUGUCAAGGACCGUUUCACGGAGGCCGAGUUCAUCAUUGCCCCAAUUCGUGGAGACAAGCAACAGGCAAACGGCACCCCACUGACCUACCAGACUCCGUUCGUGCUUCGAACUUCAGACGGAAAGGAUGGCAGCACGUACUCGCUUAACAACAAGGUGGUAGGGCAACGUGAAGGUGUCAGUCUGCAACUCUCAGCCACCAAAGGUGAGAUGUAUAUUCAGGUGGAGAAGGAAAGCUGCACAAACACCACUGAUGUUCAAUACGGCGACGACGGUCUUAACCUCCGCGUCGUCGACUCGAAUCGUGUCCGCAAGACGCUUAACCAACCACUUACCCAUGCUGCCAAACCCAAGAGCGACACACCCGGCGGUAUUGUCACCUGUGGUGCCAAGGGCACGAGUCUCACCUUCAGCUUCCACAUUUCAGUCGAUGCUGACGGGAAGCCGAAGACCGAGACGACCAAGUACAUCAAGAACCCGCAAGCUCGUCGCGGCAGCAUGGAGGCACUCAGUCCGUCAAAGGUGGACCAGCUCGGGCGUGCAGACCGUAUUGACAGUAGUGAGUUCUCCGAUGUUGACGCUAUGAGUCGCUCCAGUAGUAUCGCUGGCUUCGGCUCAAACCCCGCGAGUCCUCGUAGUAGCUCCAUGACAAAUGGACUGGCGAGUCCUGUCGAUCCUGCUGCCGUGGCUGCACGGCUUCCAGCUGCCUCUCCUGCCUCGCCACCGAAGCCUGCGGACACCAAAAAGGCCUCUCCUGCCUCACCACCGAAGCCUGCUACUGUGGAGGCGAAAGCUAAAGCUUCUCCUGCUCCAUCGCCGGUGAAAACUGCACCAGCUGCAUCACCGGCUAAGACCGAAGUGACCAAGACUGAGCUCGUGAAAGCUGAAUCCACGAAGACUGAGCCUGUCAAAGAAGAUCUCAAAGCUGAGACUACAAAGACUUCCUCAGUGAAGGCCGAUCCAGUGACUACAGCUAAUAGAGCAGCGUCUAAUGAGCCGAAGACGGUUGUGGCCGACGCAUCAACCUUCCCUCCUACACCCGCCAUCAACGGUCCUGCACCUGCACCUGUGGUGCUGUCUCCGAAGGCGGCAGCUUCGCCCAAGACCACUUUGAAGGCGACUACUACCACGUCUAAUGCGCCGGCAUCCUCCAAGAUGAUGAAGCAGGAGGACGUAGCCGAGCUGAAGGCCGAAGCCGAAGUGGAGAAUCUGGAGCCAGCGUGUGGUGCCAAGUGCAGCGUCAUGUAA